AUGAAAACUCCCAUUCCCUUGCCGGGGAAGCGCGAAAUACGCAACAUAUGGGCAUGGGCUCGCUCUCUAGCCCCUUCUCAGCGCUACGAUGGGGCAGCACACAGCGAUCCACACGAUACCGAGCUCCUCGUACUUCCCAGCCAACAGUCGCUGUCUUCCGUCUCAAAAAUCACGACAAAAGAGCGAGCCGUCGAAGAUCCGACUCUUGUCACUCCUAUGUUAGGCGAAGCAACAGCUACUACCGACGAACAUAGAGACAUUCCAGCACAUGUUUUGGAAAAUAACAGUCCUCACAAAUCAAAAGCCUCCUGGAUUAAAGGUGUAUACCUCUGUGGAUACGCAACUGCCGGCCUCCUACUAUCAAAUGUCAUAUUUGUUUCUGUGACUGCCGGAUUGUCGUCCAAAUUCCCGGGAACAGGAGGAUCCUCCAAUUCAAAAGUGAUAUAUAACGGUUCUUGCGACGUGGCAAGUCGGUGGAACACAGGUCUCCACAUUAUAAUCAACAUUAUCAGCACCUGCGUUCUUGCAAUGAGCAAUUAUUGCAUGCAGACUCUUGUCGCCCCAACAAGAGACGAGAUUAAUAUUGCCCACGCAAAACGCCGCUGGCUGGACGUUGGAGGUUCUAGUUUUAGAAACCUCUUCGUUAUACCAUAUACCCGACUUGGUCUAUGGAUAGUCUUGCUACUUUCUGCCACGCCGUUUCAUCUACUUUAUAACUCACUCGUGUUUAAGAGCCUAUCUUACAACCCUCACUGGACCUUCGCCGCCCCACAUGAUUUUACGCCUGAGGACGUGCGAAAUCUCACGACUCCUGCCUUGCAGGAUUGUUUUGGGAUAGGCACGGCAUACGUAGAGUAUCCAACUCAAAAAUCAUCUAGAAUAUACGACUGGAACCAACAAAUUCUUCAGAUUGAAGGAUCAAAGAGCGAGAAGAUCUCCGCCGAGAAAUGCUUCGAAAUAAUAGGUUCGACCUGGAGCAAAGCCGGCUACGAAGGGAUAAUUAUCCUAACGAGCAACCGAAGUAUGAGCGAUGGCGGAAAUGAGUCCGUCCUUGGAUUCGGUGGCUCGAGCCUUACUCCCGGAGAAGUUUUUGCUGGUCCGUUUGUGAAUUCGGAUCCAGAAACAAUACAGGACCAUCAAUGCAUGUUCCCCGAUACCUUCCUCUACCGUGAAUACCAAGAAAACAACACAAUGCACAUAACGGAGUGCCUGGGAUUCGAGGGAAACAGUAAUUGCCGACUGUAUUACAACCCUAUUAUCGCUGUGAUCGUUAUUGUUGCCACGUUCGUCAAAGUUAUUGCGAUCUUCUUGGCCGCCCAAAUUCAUAAAUUCCGAUCAACCCCUCUCCUCACGUCAGGUGAUGCGAUAGCCUCGUUCUUAGAGGACCCAGAUGAGACUACGAAAGGCAUGUGUUGGGCGUCGCUGAACAACAUCAAAAAGAAGAACUGGAUAGCCUGUCCGAAAGGACAGGAACCACAACAGCAUUCCGUGAGAUAUCAACGCCUUACCAGACCUCAGCAAUGGAGAAAAGCAUCCAAUCCAGUCCACUGGUUUGUAACUGUGUUGAUCGUCCUUUUGUGCAUUGUGGCUACGACUUUAAUAUACCCGUUCUUUGCUGUGAACUCAGGCAGUGGCUUAGGAACCGUACAACUUACAUGGCAAGCAAUCUGGGACAUAGACUCCAUCGCAAGAGAAAAUGCUAGGGCUACCUCUGGUGUGUGGAAAUAUUCAGAACUGCAAGGCGUGGUGAUUGUGAAUAGCGUCCAAUUGAUAGUCACGUUCUGCUAUUAUUUCUAUAAUAGUCUUCUUACGAGGAUGCUAUUGAGUGCGGAGUAUAGCUCUUAUGGCGUUGACAGGAAGCCACUUCGCGUCACUUGGCCUGUUGAGGGGAGCAAGCAGCGUUCAACCUAUUGGCUAUCUAUCCCAUAUCAAUACGGAAUUCCAGUGAUGGCCCUGUUUACAAUACUCCAUUGGCUUGUCUCGCAGGGAGUCUAUUUUCUUCUGGUUAUUCCUUACAAUACAGACGGGAAUCCAAUGUAUGCAGAGAAGAAAAGCACUCCAACCUACUCAUAUAUGCCGUUAAUAAUCGCCGGUGCACUUCUCGGUGUCCUGGGUAUCAUGGUUGUUGGCAUGUCAUUCCGGAGACUCAAGUCAGCAAUACCUCUCGCGGGAACUUGCAGUGCUGCUAUAAGCGCGGCCUGCCAUCUGCCCGAGAACGUUGGUACAAACACCGUGGCGCACGGGGAGCUGAUGUGGGGAGAGACCGAUCUGCCAUGGGCCUUGCGCAGCGGGGAUGAUGAUGAUGAUGAUGACGACGACGACGAUGAUGAUGAAAGCGACGACGCAAAGGGACAUUGCAGUUUCACCCCAUCAGAAGCAAGGCAGCCUUCUCUGGACAAGUUAUACGCUUAG